ACCCACGACGACGGUCAGACCUCAGUCGUCCGCGCACCCUCGAACGGUGAGGACGGUUGUGCCCGGUGGUGAAAAGUUAUAUCUCGUCGAUCUCGCCGCGCUGUGGAGCACCGGGUGGUUGCGAGACGCGUCACACACUUCGCCCGCUUCAGCUGACGCCCGAUCUGUGCGACGUUUCCCGCCGACGACGUCACGGCCGGCUCGACCCGCGGCUGAUCGACAAAGGGAAAACGCGGCGACACGGCGAUUCAGUACGGAACUACGAGUGCUCAACAAAGUCUGUAAAACGGGCGCCAACGAGGAAGAGGAGUCCGUUUCGGGAACCCGUGGGACUCAAACACGAAACCUGGGUCAAGGGUCGAGAAAAACCGAACAUCUGAACGAUGUGAGAGGAAUAUAUGGACGGACACCAAACGGAUUGGGCAGAUUCGGCGAAAUCACGAACACGUGGCGGGACGUAAAGCGGGCGUUAAGCCUGCUCUGCGUAAAGAAAUUUUCUGGCAGCGCGACAAUGCUGGAGGCACCGCCGGGAAGUCGCGAAGACCUCGUAGAGGCGGCAAGAACUCCAUGUACACCCACCGAUCUGGACACGAUGCUGUACGGAUACACGAAUAGCAUAUACGUGCUAGACCACACGCCCGAAUCCUUGCCGGACAUGGAUAUGCUGCAGCUGUUCGCAUCUCCGGCAGGUCGAGCGUUACUCACGAGCGACAAUCGGCCGAGGGGCUCGACGUCGACCUCCUCCUUGUCUCGAGAGUCCUCGUCGAGGCUGAAGAGUAGCAGAAGACCAUCGGGCACCGGCACAGUCAGCGCACCCACGUCGCCGCCGAGACGGCGAAAGUCGAGCGCCGAGCUUUACAAGGAAGCUGUUGAGAUCCUCGGCCUCACUUGUUCACUAACCGAUAGCUGUCGAUGCAUCGAUUGCCAGAGCAACUAUUUCGAUUGUGACGACGAUUGCGCCGAUGCCGGUACAGAAUUGGCUGCAGGCACUCCUAUUCUAUUGGACCACGCUUUAUCGCAUCAUCUGACUGUGUGUUCCAUACAGUAGCAAACGACCGGUAGACAAAGAUUUCGAAAUAAUCGGCCCUUUGUUAGCCCGCUCUGCCAUGCGUUCCAGAAGAAGAUGAUGACGUCGUCGGCAUGUCAAUAUCUUCCGACAAUUGCACAACAUUCGCGUUAAAAACAAGAAUUAGCGAGACUGAAAGCAAUCAGCGCGGCAACGAUACUACAUAGAAAUCGAAUAUUGAGUAAUAAGAAAAUUGAGUCGUUCGUUUUUGCAUUCCGUGAGUCUUCACACAGAGAGUUCAUGUAAAUAUGUUUUUUUUCCUUGUCACAAGUAAUUUUAUCUGACAUCUCUUGUGCGAUUGGACAAUUAUUUGCUCAACUGUAUUCAUCGGAUAAAUGCAGCUUCGCACGUGAAUUCAUACAUUGAUUUAUUGUCCAGAUACGUCCGAACAUGUUCGUUUCACGAUGCAAUGAAUACAGUGAAUAUAUCCAUAAAUUUACGAUAAUAUAAGCGAAAUAAGUUCUUAAAAAUUACAAUUAUUUUGCAAUUAUAUUGUAGUGGCGCAACGACUCGUACGUUUGUAUCGUCGAAAAUUAGAAAAUUGCGUUCAGAAACGAUGAUAAGAUACGGCUAAAAAAUCGGACGAAUUUAAAUCAAGCCAAACAGCGCCAAAAAAUUUUACUGUAGGAUAUCCUAAUUAAUAAUUAGCCUGCGUACCGCGUUCGUACCUCGUACGGUUCAUCCAUCGGAUAAAUGUAUCGGAUAUCGUCUAAUUGGAUCGCUGAUAUGCGCGGUGUAUAUGAAGUCUGUAUACACACAUGCACGUGUGUGUAUAGGUACAUACAUAUUAUAUUUACUACAUGUUUUAUUAUUAAACUUACUUAAGUCUAGCGAAAUGCAAUUGUUAAACAGUAAAUGCGCGCAGCUAAAGACGCUCCGGACGAUGGAAAUAAUUUCGCACAAUGUUAUGUAUAGACUUUAUAUGUAUGUCACGCAGUUGAAUAUGUGUUCGAUUAAGUUUUCUAAGGUAAACCCCCUCCUACGAAGAAGAACUCCACGUUGAGUUGAGGAGACGCGAGUAGAUUUUCUCAACCUGUGUAGAAUGUGCGGUGCGCAUAAGCGUGGUGCCCAUGAUUGCAAAACGACGUCUCCAAAAAAGAUGUCUCGGCGAAUUUCUCAUUUGUCGUGUAAACGAGAUUUCUGUGAAAUAAUUAACAACCAGAAGGUUGAGGAAACGUUCUCGUAAGACGUAUAAUUGUAAGCGUUAUAACGAUUAACGAAGCUAGGCCUGAAUUACGUUGCGCACUUCGAGCUGGGUGGCGCAAAUUAAAAAGAUACGAACGGGAAAAAGCGUCGUACUUACCACGAAGGAUUAAAAAAAAGAAGCUUAGCAAUAUAUCUAACUGAGAUUUCAAAGAGGGUCAAGUGCCAAAUAAUUUAUUGCUAAGCUUGCCAGAUAAAUAAUCGAACUGUUAAAGAGACUUUCUCGCGUGUAUGUUAAUUAAAAUGUUGCGUUAUAUUAUAUAUUCGGAUGCUCCGAUAAAAUUUUAUACAGAGCUGGAACAAAAAAGUUAUAUCUUUAGAUUUAAUCUAUAGGAAUCUAAUGUAUUCUGCUCGCGAAAUUUUUUCUGUCUACAAACUUUCAUUGCCUUUGAAUAUCACGUGACAUUCUUUUCAAUCAUCGCAUUUUACAAUUCAAAUUAUACCAUUAUAAAAUACCAUACUGAAAACUAAAAUACUCAAGUGUUUUAUUUUAAUUUUCAGAGUCUUUAAAAGUUAAACGUAAAAUUGAAUUUUAAGAUGUUCGUAAAUAAAAGAGAUAUUUACUGAAUCUCAUCCGUGAGCCAUUUAAUAAUUAACGAAGUGAUAAUCGAAAUUCACAUACAUUUCUCGUAAAACUUUUAUCAUGAUUAUCUUAAAGCGAUUUAACAUUUCAAAUCCAACAUUUAGACGGUCCAUUAUUAACUGCAUUUGCAGCAUUAAUUAUUCCUUACGUAACUUCGCUUUUAGUACAAUUGAAUGUUCAUCUUCAUUAUUUAAACUUGAAAGUGAUACUUUUAGAGAGACUGGUAUUAUAAAUCCUGGGCGAGAUAAAUUCAGCCUCUUUUCUCGUCCAGAAUCACGAGCAUGCGAAUUCUCGUGUUUCGCGCGUGAAAGCACGCCAACGUAGAAAAUUCGUCGUUGGACGAAAUUAAGAGCGCGACGUUUUUGUUUUCUAUAUACAAUUUUAUAAGUUCGUAAUUUAUCACAAUUUUUAAAUUGUUCGCAAUUUUUUAAUUCUUAUUGCAAUGUUACUUUUUUACGAGGUAUUUUGUCGAUAUUAGGUGUAAUGAAUAGUUAUAACCUACAGUCAGUCUUGGCAUCAAGUUUCUUCUAACUUGUUGAAUGAGUAGAUUUGCGCUCUUCUUGUUCUAACAUAGUCGUCGCACGGUUUAUUAUGAAAUCGUGCAAAUAGGAUCUUCAAACUUCUGAAAACAAUAAUAAUUUUUUUUUAUACAAGAAAAAGUUACACCUGCGAAACCAAAGAAUACAAGUGUCUCUGAUGAUCCAUCUCUUCAUUUGAAAAAUACUCUAAAGACAAAUAGCAGAUUUUUUAAAUAUAAUAAAUUAGAGCUACUAUAAUAAUUAAAAAUAUGAAACUACUAUGUAAUAACAGAAUAAAAUAAAAUUAUUAUAUAUAAAAUACAUACGAAGCGAAAUCCAUGCUAUGAUUUUCAUUAACUAUCUGAAAGUAAAUUUAUUAAGUCUAACAAUGAAUUAAAUGAUCGAUUAUAUCUGAUAACUGAUAUACGUUCUAAGAAUAUGUUCGUGAAUUAAUAAUCGAUCGACGAUGAUGAAUAUCAGAUGGCACUUAUUAAUGUAUCCCUUCUUACUCAGAUAGCGAUUAUUUAUCUUUGUUAAGGAGACGCGCUAUAGCAGAGUGUUGGUAUGAUUGAAAUAUUAUCGAUUAAAGUUAUUAAGUAUAGAUAACAAAAGAAGCGAUCUUUAAUUAAGUAGACGCGAAGUGGAAGAGAGCCGCGAAAUUGAAGUUUAGUGCUUGCAAUUACUGUAUUGCGCUUGAAGGUAUUUGAAGAAAUCUGAAUAUUCUUAAUUUUACAGGUAAAUGUCGUAAAUAAAGACUUUAAUGCAUUUGCGUUUAGUACCAUUAAAUACAUUUAGUACAAUUAUAUACAUUUACUACAAUUAAAUAUUACUAUUAUUAGCAUAGCAUCGUUAAUACUAUAUAGUUAAAAUCCGUAAAAUUAUUAAUAUUUUGUAUUUCGGGCUUUCUUCCGCAUGUAUCCCUAGCCAAUCCAAUUUUAGAAUGCACGUUUGUUGCAUCGGAUUGGCUUCUUCUCAUCGACGAAAGUAACAGCGCAAUUAACCUUUCCAAAUAUAUUCGAGAGCCGCGAGAAAUCUCGCGAGGGUAUGUAAUGCGAAAUCUCUGGCUUCUAACCAUUUUAUAGUAACAUAAAUUGCGAGGGAAAUUCCGAGCAGAAGAUCCUCGCGAGCCGUUGUGCGGCGUACUCUUGAGUAAGAGACUACCAUUAAAGUACGAUACAAUAUACUUGACUCUCGUUUUAA